AGUGGCUGUCACCAUCUGCCUCAAAUCAAGUGCUCUGUAUAUUAGUGGUGUUAGGAGAGUAGGGGGCAAAAAAAAAACUGACAAAAUGACAAAGGAAGAAGUAAAGGGCAAGAAGCAAGGAGAUGUUGAAAUGACAAUUCCUGAUGCUAUUAUGUGGGCUGCAAAGGAUAUUAUAAAUGAUCCAAGGUUGUCAAAUCUCACACAGGAAAAGUACAUACCUAUGUGGAAGUAUGGUGCCCUUGUUCUAACAAGUGUGUAUCUGGUCUUCGGAUGGGGUGCUCAGUUGAUCUGCAAUGCCAUUGGAUUUGUCUACCCUGCAUACUGCAGUAUCAAAGCCCUGGAAUCUGUGAGGAAAGAAGAUGACACACGCUGGCUGACCUACUGGGUUGUCUUUGCCCUGUUCUCUGUUUGUGAAUUCUUCUCGGAUCUGCUCUUGUCAUGGUUCCCAUUCUACUGGCUGGCUAAGUGCUUGUUCCUGGUAUGGUGCUUCAUGCCAGUCUCCUGGAAUGGAUCAGAAUUCAUCUACAACCGUGUCAUCAAACCUGCAUUCAUGAAGCAUCAGCAGGAGAUUGACACAGCCAUGUCCAAGGUGACUGACAAGAUCAACGAGCUGGCCGACUCUGCCACACGAGUUGCUGCUGAUGCCAUCAAGAAGGAUUAAGGAGAAACUAGGUGUGUUGCUUGCGGAAGAUAAAAUGGUUGAACAUAUUCUUGCCAUCCAUAUGCUGAGGUUA